AUGGCCCUUAGUUUUGAUUUGAGAUUGGGUGUUGUUGCAGCCCUUUUCCUGUUUGGGGCAUGGGCAUCUCAAGCCGGUGCCGAUGAUAACUUCAGGCCAGAGAAGCCAAUUAAACCUUCGCGUAGACAAUUCGACAACGACAAUUCCGAGGAUAAAAGUGAGACGGAGACCCCAGAGUUUAGUUCAUCACCGGCACCGCCCACUAAGACUACGCCACCGGCACCGGAUCAGAGUUCCACUGCAAUUCUUGAAUCUGCGGACAGGAUCAAGGAUCGUGCUGAGAUGACUGAUUCCAUAGUCCAACCCCUCUCUCAAAACUGCGAUGCAGACAAAGAAUUCAUGCGUGAAUGGUCACCGAUGGUAAUCGGAGCGGUGCUCUUUGUUCUGCUGCAACCGGGUCUGAUUUUCCAGUGGCCGGGAAACGAUCGAAAGUUUGAGUUCAGAAGCAUGAAGACCAAUCGCAAGGCUAUGUUCACUCACACUAUGAUAUUCAUUGCAAUCUACGCUAUUAUUAUCGCGGUCUCUCAUGGUAAAAUCUGAUCUAUAUAUGUACCCAGUGAUCCAUGCAACGCAUGGCGGCGUCUCAACUUUUAUUUUUAUGUUUUUUUUUGGAUUCUACAUUCUAAUCCAUGUAAUGUACUGAUUAGUAUAUGUUGCUCGGGCAAUUUCAUCGCAAUUGGUCAGAUUGUUG